AUGGAAGAGCAAAUGAAAACACUGGUUAAUCAUCACUCCACCUACACAUCCAGGCUUGACAAAAUGGAUCAAGAGAUUACUGCACUUCGGAAGCUAAUUGGGAAUCAAAAUCUUGGUGAUGAAAGAGUAGCAAUAGAUGACGAGGUUGAGAAAGAAUAUGAUGGUGAUGAUGACAGUAAAGAAAAAGAAAGAGAGCAAAAGGAAACAGACUUCUGCUUGAUGGAAAAAUCUAUAAUAUCGGAAAGCAGCGUGAGUAGUGAUGAAUCUGAAUGCACCGAAAAUAGAAUUAACGCACAUAGCAAGCAUGGCAGUCACAUUCUUAGCUCUGCCUCUGGUUUGAAGAAGCUUGAUGAGUACCUUCUCUCACGCAGUUACAUCACUGGGUACCAAGCUUCAAAGGAUGAUCUCACUGUCUAUGUAGCUUUGCGAACUGCUCCAUCAACUGAGUAUGUCAACGUGUCUAGGUGGUUCAAGCACAUUGAUGCUUUGUUGAGAAUCUCUGGUGUUUCUGGUGAGGGAUCUGGUGUCACUGUUAAGGGAUCUCUUGUUCCUGAGCCUGUUGCAACUCCCCCUGUUAAGGUGUCCCAGUCUUUGGUGUUUUCACGUGAAAGGCUCUUUGCACCGCAGAUGCCUUGUUGUAACAGCUCAUAUGGAGUUGUUACUUGAGACCGCCCGCUGAAU